GGAGACGAUGGAGCUGCGGCUCGAACAAACAUAUGUUUUACCCGACAACAGCAGCUGCUCUCUGUCAGCCAAUCAGGACGAGAGCUGCAGCCGUCAGUGGCCUGACAGAAGGUUUGUUGAUGAAUCGUUUCCGUCACAUUUCAGCUGAAACACUGAAGCGUUCUCUGGUUCCACAUCCUCACAUUUCAGGAUCUAAGGUUUUUCUGCGUCACGUGACAGAAAAGUGAAUUUUUGGACUGACGGUCGAACAAAACAAAUCGCUGAAGACGUCACCGAUCAACAAUCAAUAAACACAUGAAGCAACGAUGACAUCAUCAGUAGUUGAAGCUGGAAUCGGGACAAAGACGGCGAGAGUUGUUUGAACCAAUCAGCUGUCUGCUGGGAGCAGGAUCAAUACUAUUGAUUAAUGGGAUCCUCUGACUUCUCCUCCAGCGCCACCUGCAGGUCACAUGGGUCCAUGGCUCCUGGUCGUGUCAUGUGACCCCUCAGCAGUUACACGUCACCAUGAGCCGCUUUAGGACGAGUGUCAGGUUCCUUCAUACAACUUCAUACAUGAACUGCAGAACAGUUCACUGUGUGUGUGUGUGUGUGUGUGUGUGUGUGUGUGUGUGUGUGUGUUGACACUUCACAGUGAAUGACCCCAGGUUAAAAGUCCAGCUGACUCACUCUCUUUUUUCUUCCUGGUCUCCAUGGCAACAGUGUCAUAAAACCAUGUCAAUCAUUAAUGUGGACUUUUGAGUUGUAUAUGUGUGUGUAUGUUUUUCAUGGAUGAAGUUUUCCCUUAAAACCACACACACACACACACACACACACACACACACACACACACACACACACACACACACAUGCAGGGAGAGCGAGCUAGAGCUGCACAGACUUUGUCCCAGUUGCAGGAAGUCGUCGUUGAGCCAUCGACGCCGCGUGGAGCCGAGGAGCUGCAGCUUCACACCAGUCAGCUCCACCCACUGCAGGCGUUCAUCAUGAAGUCUUCAUCAUCAUCAUCAUCAUCAUCAGUAACCUCCAGCUCAGUGACAGCUCGCCUAGAGACCCAGCUGCUCUGCUCUUCAUCCUCUGCUCCUCCUCCUCCUCCGUCUCUGCAGAGUCCAGAGCUGCAGGCAGAGUUUGUCCAAGAGUGUCGGAGCAAAUUUCCGUCUCAUGGCGACGUCAGUGAAUCCAGCGUUGUCUCCUCCCCCUCCUCCUGUCCCCGGAGCUCCUCGUCCUCCUCGUCUCCUCCCUGCUCCGACAGCAGACCAGCUCGUCUGUCGCUGUCCAGCCCCGAGCUCCUAUCAGAGCUGAAGGAGUCCAGGACCCGCCCCCUCCGACACGUCCCCGCCCACUACGGCCUGACCACUGUCUUCUCUGGACGAGGAGGACAGGCCUCUGGUCCCGCCCUCUCCACACGACCAGCCAAUCAGAGGACUUCACACUGACUAUCAGCUCCUGGACCUCAAACCGUCAUGGACUCAUAAAUCCUGUUUAAAUGAUCAUUUCCUACAUCGUGUCAAACUUGAACUGCACAGUUGAUUCCAGAUGUUUGGAAAUAAACAAGAGUUCAUUGACUGG